AUGUCUCAUCCAGAUGGAUCAUCACAUCGACUCACCAGGAGCCCUGAUGGCACCAUUGGCGGGGACGAGGUGUCGAAGUUGGUGCAAGCGCUGGACACCAAGAACUUCUGGACGCAGGCGCGGCUGCAGUCGCUGGUGGAGGGCUUCGGCUUGGCGGAGGGUCGCAUGAAAUUGGAGUCCUUCGCUCGAAUUCUUUAUGAUGGACCAGAGGCAGCAGUGUACGAGGUGGUUCGUGCGGACCUGAAAAAGGCGAUGAUCAGCCCGGAAUGGGACGAUGGAAGCUAUGCUCCCAUUCUGAUUCGCCUAGCAUGGCACUCUUCAGGUACCUACUGCCCUGUGAUGGGCGGUGGUUCCAAUGGUGCGACCAUGCGACAUGCGAAGGAGGCCAAUGACCCUGAGAACAAGUACUUAGAGCACGCCAUGGCGCUUCUGGAACCCAUCAAGGCGAAACAUCCCUGGAUCUCCUAUGCAGAUCUAUGGAUUUUGGCAUCUUAUGUGGCACUGGAAACCACUUCCGGGCCAAGGAUCAAGUUCACUGGUGGUCGGACCGAUGCCCCAGCAGAGAAAGCGGUAGAUCCGGGUCGCCUGCCUGAGCCGGAGCAUGGCCUGGCCGAGGGCAUGGAGGUAGACGACGAAGGCAGACUCAAGGGCUGGGAAAACCUGGCCGCCCAUGUGCGGACCAUCUUUGGUCGCAUGGGUUUUAAUGACCGAGAGGCCGUUGCUUUGCUGUGCGGCGGCCACGUCUAUGGUCGCUGUCAUCCUCAAGCAGGCUCUGGCUACGCCGGAGCCUGGGUUGAGAAUCCUACCAUGUUCAGCAAUGAGUAUGCGGCGGACAUGGUGGGUGACAAAUGGAUCGCUGUGACCCACGACACUGUCAUGCCAGAUGGUGGUCAAGUUCCUCAGGAGGUCCGACCCGCACCAGGCAGGAGACAGUAUAUCGACCUCUCAAAGUACGAGGGAGGCGACUCCGGAGAUGAGGCUGAAGCUGCUCCAAGAACCGUGGAGGCAUAUCCACCUGGUCGUUACAAAUGUUUGUCCCAGUGGGUGAACUGCCGCGAAGGGCCGGACGUGUCAUCGCAGAUCCUGGGACGCUUUCUGGAGAAUCAGGAGCUGUCCAUUGUGGAAAUCAAGGUCGCGACUGAGAUCAGAGGUUUGACCGAGCGUGGUGGUUGGGUGUCCAUCGUGAACUCUGCAGGCAAGACUCUCUGGGAGAGGCAGGGUGACCUCACGGCCUCAUCGUUGCUGGGACGCUACCGUGCUGUUGGAUCCAGUGCCUCCGUCUUCUCAGAGGCUUCCUGUGCUCAGUCUGUGGGUCGACUGCAGGUAGGAGACGAGUUCGAGGUGGACCAUGUUGUUCUACCGGGCCCAGGCGGCGGUGCGAUCAUGGGAAGGCUGAAAGGCCAGAAUGCUUACGUCCUGAUCCACAGCAGCGAGGGCUUGCAAUGCGAACAAGUGGUGGAAGGAUACAACGAGAAGCCUCGAAGACCGCUGAAGGGCCAGUCUUUGCAGAGGACGAAGAGCUUCUGAAGACGGAGUUUGGGGAGGCCUUCAAGAAACUCACCGAGCUGGGUUGUUCUUGGUCCCAGG